AAAGUGGCAGAAAGAGCCGAGAAGUUCGCGACAGAACCUGCAGUAAAUACUUACUCAACAUGCUGGUGGCAAAUCCGCGCUAGUUCAUCAGAAAAUAGUUUACAAUACUGCGCUAUAGCCACAAGACAGUAUUUUAAGAUUAACAUAAUUACUAAAUUGUCUAAUUAAUCACUGAUUAAAUCAUUUUGACCUUUUCAAGAUUUCAAGGAGUAACUUUUCUAAUGGAUUUGAAUUUGCAUUUCUCGACUUAAACAUCCGAAGUGCGUUGGGAGCGCGUUCGGGGAGGCGUGAAACCGAAGCGCACCGACGCUGUACAGCAUGGGGGCAUCCGGCCGCUGUCUCUGCAUGGUGCUGCUCAUCCUCGCCGUUUCGGGGGGCUUUUUUAUCCCAGCCGAAGCGGGAUGUGCAGACAGAUCGAGCCCCACUUGCUGCACAGGACGAAACAACGAGUGUGGCGACUUUUCGAAGCAAAGAAGUGUCUGCUACUGUGAUACGUACUGCCAGAAAACCGGGGACUGUUGCGAGGACUACGGACGCGUGUGUCACAUAUCGGCUAUCGACUGUGUGCUGAGCCCGUGGGGGCAGUGGACGGAGUGCAAUGCGCUGUGUGGAACAGGGAGCAUGGAGAGGACCCGCCAGGUGACUGUGCCCCCCCGAAAUGGGGGUACGCCAUGUCCAGACCUCAGACAGCGGAGGGGCUGCUUUGGGAAAAGUGAACUGUGCCGCUCCUCUGAAGAGGUGGCCAGAAUUCUACCUGAUUCAUUCAAAAGGAACUUCAAGGACCCAUGGAGGCGGCCACACAUGCUCAUGAAAGAGAUCAAGCACAGCUACUGCGUGUGGCUGCGUAUCAGCCAGGCCAGUGCCGCCUGCCGCCGCGUCUCCUGGGCCGCCCAGCUUGUGACGGAGCGCUCCGUCUGUGCCGAGUGCCAGGGCGAUGCCAUGGACGCCACGGGCCGCUGUGUGGGCGACGGCCUGGAGGCCACAAGAACCUUCUGGAUGGCAGUGACCGUCCCAGGCUGCCAUGGCUCCUGGGUGCGAAUGGCCUCCCCGUGGGGCUGCCGAUGCCCUCAGCACUCCAUGCUCUUCGUGUGACGCCUGGGAUGGAAGUCGGGGGCAAGCGAAUCCUGCCAGCCUCUGCCACAGGCAGUGCAGCGAGACGCGGCCAAGCGCCGUGCUUCCUGUACCUGCCUAUGCUGUAUCACAAAAGCAUGCCUUACCAGUCAGGGCUGGACACACCUACUCUUAGGAGGGCACAUUUUAUUGAUUUUACAAGACAUCAAAACUGUAAAAUAACAUGUAUGGAAUCAUCCAGUGAACAAAAAAGUGUUAAGCAAGUCAAACAAAAAUCUUAUGUUCUAAAUUCUUCAAAGCAGCCCUCAGUUGCCUUGACAGCAGCCUUGCACACCCUUGGCGAUGUCUCGGCCGGUUUGAUGAGGUGGCCACCUGGGAUGUUCUUCCAACAGCCCUGAAGGAAUUCCCACAUAUGCUGAGCACUUGUUGGAUUCUUUUCCUUCUCUCUCUGGUGCAGCUCAUCUCAAGUCAGUUCUGUUGGGUUUUGGUCCUUCUUUGCCAAACAGCUCUAACACAAGCCUGGAGACCCUAACCCUAACCCUUUGGGGUCAUUGUCCUAUUGACAAACAAAUGACAGUAGGUAUGUCCAAACUUUUGACUGGUACUGUAUGUACUUCCACAAACAUUAUGUAACCUGCAUCUUCCCUAAGCACAAAAUUGUUUAGCUGCCUUUUUACCUCUGAAAUCUUGCUAUCUACCUCCAUAAAUGCAGCUGUAUUUAAAUAUGCAUGUAUGUAUAAAUAUAUUUUGCUUUAUAUAUUUUCUUUUUUCGUCUUCAUAUUUGUAAGAAUGCUCCAGUGUUGAAUCAUCUGUCUUUCCAGAGGCUUUGCCUGACUUUGUAUGCAAAGUGGCACAGUCAGUCGUAAUUCACUAAGUACCUGUUAUCUUGUCUGACUGAUGCUCUGACACGAUAAUCAGGAGGUUUGCAGGAUGAAGGACAAACCCACCAUUAGGGUAGGAGUCAGCUUGACCUGUAAUUAGAGUCUCUGAGGAACCAGAGUGCAACUUUGUAUUGAUCUUCUUUCUCUUCUGUUUUUAACCAUCUGUGCAGUAUUCGUAUUUACAGAGAAAGUGGUAAGGACACUGAAAUGACAUAUUUGGACCAUGCAGAACUCCUGAGCCCUAAUGUUGUAAAAUCCCUGUUUCUGCCUCUAAGAAAACAGUGUUUUUAGGAAGCUGCCAGAGUGCUUUAAUUCCUUCUCAUAGAUAAAUGUCUAUGUGCAUCAUUGCAAAAAUCUGAGGUUAGUUUGUAAUACAGUAAAAAUAAUGGUGCGAUUGUUAUUGCCUAAAUUUCUGUCACAUCCAGCACCAGGAAUAGAGCACAGUUUCAGUUUUGCCGAUUUUCUUGUAUCAAUCCUCGAAUCCUGUUUGAGAUUUCUAGGUAUAACUGUAAAAAUGAAGCUGUGUUUUCUGCCAGUUUCAGCAGUUCACAUGUUGUGACAGAUUCCCUUGACAGAUUCAGGUAUGCUGAGGCAAUCCAAGCUACUUGGGGAAUUUAAAUUGUAUGUAUGGACUUCGUACGUAUGUCAGAAGAAUAAAAUUAUGACCAGUAUGGGUGAUGAUUGAAAUAUGUUACUGAAUCCUGGUCAUAAAUUCUUGGACACCUGUUUGCUUCCUGAGAGAGUGCGAAUGGAAAUCUAGACGUAAAGCCAAUCGCUUACAUAUCACAGGUCACCCAAAUAUAAUCAAAUAGCUGACAGCAAGAUGGUGAUGGUGCAUUACAUCAUAUUCCAUGGGAAACUCACCACCUCUCAUGUCAUGCUGUUGUGCUUGACCCUUGUAAAUGUGACUCAUUGCAGUAAUUUUCUGAGGUCUAGUGAAUGGGAGCCAGGCCUCCAUUUACAGGGCUGCAUGAGAGUGCAUCGCCCUCAUAUUAAUAAUGUGCCUUCGCGGGGGUGGGAUGGCUGUGGUAUUGUGCCCCCCACUCAUUUCAGAUGCAUCUUUAGUGAUAUUGUCCUGCAGCCUGCACUGGUCAGAUUUAAUGUCUCGCAUUAAAUGUCCCAAGGUCCCAUUUGUAUUACUUAAUACUGCCUUCUAAGGGGUAUUCUUACCUUUUCCUGCAUGAUGAGCAGGCUGCAUCUUCCCAUCCUUCCUGACACUCCUCUGAAUUCUGUUGCCUAGGUUUCAAACAGGAUCCAGAUGCUGCAGAUCCAGGCUGUUUCAUCAUGGAAUUGUUGAUAUUUUAGAACAUCUAAAUUAUUGAUCUAUUAACCUAAUGUCUCAAAAACAUGAUCUUUUGCCUGCCAAGUAACCGUUGAACAAAAGGCCCAUGAAUUUGGUUUUGAUUACCAUUAACCAUUCUGCUUGCGUUUUUGUUGCAUUUUUAUCUGUUAUCACCACUAUGGGUGUGUUUUCUGUUGUUGUUUUAAUGGUGUUAACCUCUCUUGCUCCACUGUCUUCACUGGUUUUUAACUAUCAUCCUAUUGUAUGACUAAUAUUUCCCUUGCAGUUGAAACUGGUCAGAUAAAUGAGAUAUGUUGCUAUGGUGACCAUUGUUCCUUCUGUUUAAAAUGUUCGAUCAUUCCAGACUUUAUUUCACAGAUAUUUAUAUAUUCAUAAAUGAAUUACCAAAUGUACUGAAUGUAUGUAAACUCUUUGUGGUAACAGUGUAAAGUGUUACAUUAACAAUUGGUUAAUUGGUUAAUGUUGUGUACUUUGAGUUACAUUUCCAUUGUUUAUAUCUUAUAACAUUCCAUUAAAAAAUAUUAUGCUCUUAAA